AUGAAAAAAACUCAAUUUCAAUUACCUGGAUUUAAUAUUUUUCGUUUCGAUCGUUCUAUUAAAAAAGGUGGUGGUGUUCUUCUUGUAAUAAGAAAGGAGAUAUCAUGUUAUGAAGUUUUUUCUCAAAAUAUUGACAACAAUGAAUGUGUUGCUGUACAAAUAAGUACACAAAGUGGUACACUUUUAAUCUGCUCUCUUUAUAUACCACUUCAAAUAAAAAUUUCUUCACGAUUAUUUGAUCAACUUCUAAAUAUAAAUAAUAAUUGUUUAAUAAUGGGACACCUUAAUGCAGCAUCAACUUUAUUAGGUUCACGUAAAACAAAUAGUAAACGAAUUCAAUUACAAGACUUAUUAAAUAACACUGCAUUCUCUUGUAUCGAUGAUAAUAUAACCACAUAUGAACGAAAUAAUUACGAAGAAAAAUUAGAUUGA